UCGCAAAAAAAAAGAGUAGCAUUAGGGAAAGAGAGACGGAGACAGAGAGCACGAAGAAGCCGCGAAAAUAAAUACAAAGGCAAGUAUAUAAAACCGGUAUUUCCGCUGAUGGCGUAAGUGUUAUUCGCGCAAGAAAUCUGACAAGAACACGGACCGUACAACAAGGACUCGCUAUUUUGCAUCGCUCAAGUAUAGAGUAUAGACGCUUACCAAUUCGCGCACUUGGCUAAGGGCUGUCCUAAUUUCAAGGUCUCUCUCUGACGUGUACACACCGGCUAUCUGUCAGAUCUUACUUCUUUUCAUCUUGUUUUUUGAUACUCGUCAAUACCGUACAUUUGCCAAAAUGAGUGAUGACAUUUCAUUAUACACACUACCAAAUACACAGCCUAUUGUUCAAUUGGACUGUUCGACAGCUUUUGAAGCAUUAACGCAAAAAGAAAAAAGUUAUGCUCAUUAUCUUAGUCAAGCAUCAUGGAAUGGAGGACUUAUAGUUUUUAUCCAAACAUCACCUGAGUCUCCACUAAUCUUUGCCUUGUUGCACAAAAUCUUUCUUAAUCAACCAAUUGAAGAUUUGAAAAAAUCAGCUCUUGCUGCUGGCCUUACAGACGAUGAGUUCACAGCAUGUCUAGUCUACGCUUGUGGUAUAUUUUCAAAUUCUGGAAACUAUAAAUCAUUUGGAGACAGUAAAAUUAUUCCUAAUUUGCCUGUUGAAAAGUUUGAAAUAUUUGUGAAAGCAUCAAAAGCAUACCAAGAAGAUACUACUGGUUUAGAAUCUCUUUGGAAUAAAAUUAAAGAACCAGCAUACAGCUUAACUGAAAAAGUCAAGUCAUUAGGAUUAGGUGACAAGGGAUUAACAACAUAUUUCUCUGCUAAUUGCACAGAAGCAGAUGCAGAUUUAAUCAAUGAAUAUAUGCAAAAGAAACACCUAGAAUCGUACAAUGCAAGAUGCUUCAAAACAGAUGUUAAGGGAGAUGGCUUUGAAUGCAGGUAUGAAAUUAGAUUAGCAUCCACUGAAACUAGCGAUGAUCCUAGUAUUACUCUUCCUGAAGAAGUUUACAAAAAUGCCCAGUUUAAAAUUACUAGAGGAGAUUAUGAUUUAGUUCUUUUAUCAGUUGUUGAAAACUUGAAAAAAGCUAAGGAACAUGCUGCCAAUGAAACAGAAGUAAAUAUGCUGAAUAAAUAUGUGGAACAUUUUGUUACUGGUUCUUUGGAAGAACAUAAGAAUGGUUCAAGAUAUUGGAUUAAAGAUAAAGGUCCAGCUAUUGAAACUUACAUUGGUUUUAUUGAAACUUACAGAGAUCCAGCUGGUCAAAGGGGAGAGUUUGAGGGUUUUGUUGCCAUGGUAAAUAGAGACAUGUCGAAGAAAUUUUUAACUCUUGUCAAUGGUGCUGAGACUUUAUUGCCUUUGUUACCAUGGGGAAAGGACUAUGAGAAAGAUCAAUUUUUACGACCAGACUUUACUUCACUUGAUGUAUUAACUUUCUCUGGAUCAGGCAUCCCAGCCGGUAUUAAUAUUCCAAAUUAUGAUGAUAUAAGACAAUCAGAAGGUUUUAAAAAUGUGUCAUUAGGAAAUGUUAUUCCUGCAAGUAUGAAGCAAGAUGUUAUUCCUUUCGUUAGUGAAGAAGAUCAAGAGUUGUUGAAUAAGUACAGAGUACCUAGUUUUGAAGUACAAGUGGGUUUGCAUGAGUUGUUGGGUCAUGGCAGUGGUAAAUUGUUCAAAAAAGAGGGAGAUAAAUAUAACUUUGACCAGGAGAAAGUUAAAAAUCCUUUUAAUGGUGAACCUAUUACAAAAUAUUAUCUUGAAGGUGAAACAUACGAUUCAGUAUUUGGUGCAUUGGGAUCAUCUUAUGAAGAAUGCAGAGCUGAAGCAGUUGGUCUUUAUCUAAGUUUGGAAAAAGAAGUCAUAAAAAUAUUUGGUUUUGAUGGUGCUGACGCAGAAGAUAUAAUUUAUGUUAACUGGCUUUCUUUACUUUGGAAUGGCUGUGCACGUGCUUUAGAAAUGUAUCAACCAUCUACUAAGAAAUGGCUGCAGUCGCAUUCACAAGCUCGUUAUGUAUUACUCAGAGUUUGCAUGGAAGCUGGGGAAGAUUUCAUCAAAGUUGAAGAAACAGAACCAGGCAAAAAUUUGAGAUUAACAAUGGAUAAGUCCAAGAUUCAUACCGUGGGUAAAAAAGCCAUUGGAGAUUUCUUGAAAAAACUGCAGUUCUACAAAAGUACAGCAGAUGUUAAAGCUGCUCAAGCUAUGUAUGAAAAAUACAGCGAAGUUCCGGAAACUGGUUCCCAUCCAUGGGCUAAAUGGAGGAACAUCAUUCUUGCACACAAGCAACCAAGGAAAAUAUUUGUCCAAUCUAAUACUACCAUUGAUGAAUCUGGAAACGUUGUAUUGAAAAAUUACGAUGCCACUUUUGAAGGACUUAUUCAAUCUUGGGUUGAAAGAUUCCCAUCACCCAGUUCAUCUGACAAUCUUAUUAAACUGUGGGAAAAAGAUCAGGAUCAUUUCCCAAUGUCAGCUGUUAAAAAUUAACUCACUAUUGAAUGUAUUAAUUAAUAAAGCAUUUAUUAUUAAUUUAUGUCAAAAUAUUAUAUAGAA